AUGCCAGUUGUAUUAAAUAUAGAUGCGAACUCUAGUUAUGAGCCAACCGAAACUGAAAUAAUAGAGUAUGCGAAGUGGCUUGGUAUGAAUCUUCCCGAAGAUAGUCCAUUUCUUUGGAUUGCACGUGAGGGAUUGAAAGCACCACUUCCUGAAAAUUGGAAAGCUUGCCAAAGUGAUAAAGGUGAACUUUAUUACUUCAACGUCAAAUCUGGGGAAAGUAUUUGGGACCACCCGAUGGAUGAUUACUUUAAAACCCUAUUUAUAAAUGAAAAGAAAAAUCCAACACCUCGAAGUAUUUGUUGUGGUUCCAAGUGCGAACACGAUCAAGUUCAACCAACAACAAGCUCAAGAGCCAAGAGACGCGUUGAGGAAAUUUUGAGAGAAACAAUUCAUAAAGAAAAUAUUGAAUUAGAGUCCAAUUGCAACACACGCAAACUCAAUGGUUUAAAGUUUAAGAAAGAGCUUCCCAAAGAAACAGAAAAUGACUUGCGUGUUUCUGUUACCAAAAACGAGCUGGCAAGCUUAUCUGAAGGGAGCAAAAAUCAGAAUACUAAAUCAUGCGAUUUUCCUAAUGAGACAUUUACGGAAAAGCAAGGUAAAACAUCUCUACCUAUUCAGGCAAUAUCCUUAGUUGACAUUAAUAGUAUAAAGGAGUCAGCGAAAAUACAGAAGAGAUCAAAGGCCGAGAAUAUUCUAUCAGGUCCAGUAAAAUCAUCAUUGGAUAUGCCCAUUGAAGCAAAGGACAGCUGGAAGGAAAAUUCAUCAGACACAGGUAUGCAGGAAAUCAAUAAGUUUGCACUGUUUGAUACUACCGACCAAGAAAAGAGAAAAGAGACUCAUCAAAAUGAGCAGGAGUGUAAAAUACGAGAUUCAGAGGAGUCCGUUGAAGAGGAAAGACCAAAAUCCUUAUUUGCUUUUAAGAAAUUAGAUAUUGCAUUAAAAAACGAUCAAUCCAAAAUAGAAUCGGUGAUUAUCAGUGGACAAGAAGAAUUAAAAGGGGGGUCAGAUGCUCACGAGCCAGAGGAACCAAACAAUAUUAGAGAAUCCAUGAAGGGGAACCUAAUGUCGGAAAAGAAGAAGGCUAAUAAUGAAAAAUCCAAAGAUUUAGAAGUCCUUACUGGGGAGUUCAAUGCGGGACACAAAUCUAGGAGAAAGAUUGGCGCGCUAGAGCUGAAGGAAUUCCAAACUGAAAUACCAAAUAGCCUGAGAGAAUGUGCAUCAAAACUCCUUAACGAGUAUACAAAAGCGUAUACAUUGUUUUGCGAAAAAGUGUUUGAAUCAGAAAAUGAUUUUGUUUCUCGCACUACACAGCAGGAGUUAGAUAUGCAACGUAGACUAGAUUUCGAGUUAAUGCGACUCAAGCAGACUAAUGAGAAUAUCAUUAGAGAAGAGACUGAAAAGAUUUUAAAAAAAAUAAAGGAGAUCAGACAACAGCAUCAUGAUGAUAUUAAUACAUUGUAUGAAACUAAUCACACCGAGCUCCAAAAAUUGCUCCAAGAUAAUAUUGUGGAUAUUAAUACAAAAGGGACUAUAGAGAACGCAUCAAUGCCCGUACUUAAUAAUUCAUCUUAUGAAGUACCUCAGCUUGCAUUUGACACCUUAAAAGAAGAGUUGGAGAAGGGGUCUGAAGUACAACCCAAGUCAGCUGAACUAAAGUUAGCGGAACAGCAGGAAACACUCUCCAAGCCCCCGGAAUACUCGGUGCACAAUAAAGUGCUCAAGAGUAGCGAUAUUUCAUCUCAAGAAGGAAGGAGUAAAGAUUUUAACAAGAAAAGUGAAUGCUACAACACACGUAAAAUUCGCCCACUUGAUGAAACUAUAAUUUGCGCUACUUCCCCCGAAGGGAACUUGUGCGACUUAUCACUAUGCAACCAAAAUCAUGACCUAAAAUCUAUAAUUACAAAGUCAUUAAAGGAGGCUUUCGCUGAAUUUUACCCUAUUCCGUCUUCUCAAUCGGAGAAUAAUGAAAAAUAUCCUCCUACUGAUGUGUCCAGACCGAUUCAAUCUUGCUCACCCAGCAUCAUUAAUGGUGUACAAGGCCUUCACACUCCAAAAAUCACAUUUCCUGCAUUUUUUCAAGAACAUCAUGAACUGAUUCGGGCGGAGCGUCGUCAUGUGCGUGAAGGUUGGAUGUUUGUGACGAAUCAACGAAGAAAUAUUGAAGAGCGACGACGACAAUUAAGACAUACUCGUCACCAAUGGAAACAAGACGUUCUUGAUGCAAAAAAGGCUGGCGUAAAGUCAUCAUCAAAGAGAGGGCAGCUUCUUUUUAAGGUGCGCAUGGCGUUAGAAGAACAGGCUCAGGGGUUGCAGCACGACGAAUUUAUUCUUCAUGAUUCGGAGUCAUGGCUUCUUGCUAAGGAACAGAGGUUGAAAAAUCUUGAGCGCCAAAUUAAAGAUCAUGAGAAUCAUCAAUACGUAGAUGAAAAUUCUUCAACGAUUUGUAGCUUAGAUACUGCUGGGAUGGUAGCUGAUUUUUAUGGACCUCAGCGCGAUUUCACAGCGGAGCCUCUGAAGCCCAGUACACGUUCUUGUUUGGGUAGUAUUGCUAUGUUUGAAAAGGGUGUCGCAACACAAAUGAUGUCAAAGUCUCUAAGACAAAUUGAGAAGCGUCUAGAUGAGAUAACAACUAUUGUGAAACUUCAGAAUAAAUAUCAAAAUCCAUCAGCACCUUCGGUUGAUUACAAAAACAGCCUUACUCCUAAUUAUUCGGUGUCGCAAAAUUCACGACAUUGUCGUCAUAACUUCAAUACUCGUACGAAGGAGGCUAUCCCAAAACAAAUAAUUCACACUGUUCCAUUGUAA